GCCGGGAGGAGGGCGCAGGGGCGGGAGGAGACACAUGCGCGCUGCCGCCGCUGCCGCUGCCGCCGCCGCCGCCGCAGUCCUUAGCUUCCCGGGGACAGGAAACCUUCAAGACCGAGCUGCCACGGCCGCCUCCCCGCCCGCCCCCCAUUCUACGCGCCUGCCCACACCCUCCUCCCCUCCUUCCAGCGCCUUUCGGUGGAGCACUGCGGCACUCAGCCCGAGCUGCCGUUUUCCCCUCGCGGGGAACGCUGUGACCCCCCCCGCAGGAGCGGCGGGGCGGGGUGGGGGGGCCCGGGAGAAGAUGGCGACGCCGGGAAGCGAACCCCAACCUUUCGUCCAGGCCCUUUCGGUAGCUACUCUGCACCCACUUCAUCAUCCCCACCACCACCACCACCACCAUCAGCACCACGGAGGAACCGGUGCCCCUGGCGGGGCGGGUGGUGGCGGCGGCGGCAGCGGGAGCUUCAACCUGCCCUUGAACCGGGGUCUGGAGCGCGCGCUCGAGGAGGCGGCCAACUCCGGGGGGCUGAACCUGAGCGCCAGGAAAUUGAAGGAAUUUCCCCGUACCGCAGCCCCCGGGCACGACCUCUCGGACACGGUGCAGGCAGAUUUAUCUAAAAACAGACUGGUUGAAGUUCCAAUAGAAUUGUGCCAUUUUGUAUCACUGGAAAUUCUUAAUCUGUAUCACAACUGUAUCAGAGUCAUUCCUGAGGCCAUCGUUAAUCUGCAGAUGCUGACUUACCUGAACUUGAGUCGAAAUCAGCUGUCCGCCCUGCCUGCCUGCCUGUGUGGUCUGCCUCUCAAAGUCUUAAUCGCAAGUAACAACAAACUUGGAUCAUUACCAGAAGAGAUAGGUCAGCUCAAACAGUUAAUGGAGUUGGAUGUCAGCUGCAACGAGAUCACAGCGUUGCCCCAGCAGAUAGGUCAGUUGAAAUCUCUACGAGAACUAAAUGUCAGAAGAAAUUACCUUAAAGUUUUACCACAAGAACUAGUAGAUCUUCCCUUGGUAAAGUUUGACUUUUCCUGCAACAAAGUGCUCGUGAUUCCAAUUUGUUUUAGAGAGAUGAAGCAGCUGCAAGUGUUACUACUUGAGAAUAACCCUCUGCAGUCUCCUCCAGCACAGAUUUGUACAAAGGGCAAAGUUCACAUAUUUAAGUAUCUGAGCAUACAAGCAUGCCAGAUUAAGACAGCUGACUCCCUUUAUCUCCACACCAUGGAGAGGCCACAUUUACACCAGCACGUGGAAGAUGGCAAGAAGGAUUCUGAUUCGGGAGUUGGAAGUGAUAAUGGAGAUAAGCGAUUAUCUGCCACCGAGCCUUCUGACGAAGACACUGUUAGCCUCAAUGUGCCAAUGUCAAACAUCAUGGAAGAAGAACAGAUCAUCAAGGAGGACUCGUGCCAUCGCCUUAGCCCCGUCAAAGGGGAAUUUCAUCAGGAAUUUCAACCGGAGCCUUCCCUUUUGGGUGACAGCACCAACUCAGGAGAAGAAAGAGACCAGUUUACUGACAGAGCAGAUGGUCUCCAUUCAGAAUUUAUGAACUAUAAGGCAAGAGCAGAAGACUGUGAAGAGCUGUUACGGAUAGAAGAGGAUGUGCACUGGCAAACUGAGGGCAUAAUAAGUUCAUCCAAAGAUCAGGACAUGGAUAUAGCAAUGAUCGAGCAGCUGAGAGAAGCAGUAGAUUUGCUGCAAGAUCCCAAUGGAUUAAGCACAGAUAUUACAGAGAGAAGUGUUUUAAACCUAUAUCCUAUGGGAUCAGCAGAAGCCUUAGAAUUACAAGAUUCUGCACUGAAUGGUCAAAUACAGCUGGAGACAUCUCCGGUGUGUGAGGUGCAAAGUGAUCUAACAUUACAGAGUAACGGGAGCCAGUAUUCUCCAAAUGAGAUUAGAGAGAACUCCCCUGCAGUCUCUCCUACCACAAACAGCACAGCUCCAUUUGGCCUGAAGCCUCGAUCAGUGUUUCUAAGACCUCAGAGAAAUUUGGAAUCUAUAGACCCGCAGUUUACAAUCCGGAGGAAAAUGGAGCAGAUGAGAGAAGAGAAAGAGCUGGUGGAACAACUUCGUGAGAGCAUUGAGAUGAGAUUGAAGGUCAGUCUACACGAAGACCUGGGGGCAGCCCUCAUGGAUGGUGUCGUCCUCUGCCAUCUGGUCAACCACAUCCGCCCACGGUCGGUUGCAAGCAUCCAUGUCCCAUCACCAGCGGUUCCCAAACUUAGCAUGGCCAAAUGCAGAAGAAAUGUGGAAAACUUUUUGGAAGCAUGCCGAAAAUUAGGAGUACCAGAGGCUGACCUCUGCUCUCCGUGUGACAUCCUGCAGUUGGAUUUUCGUCACAUUCGAAAGACUGUUGACACUCUGCUGGCACUCGGGGAGAAAGCCCCACCACCAACUUCUGCCCUCCGCUCCAGGGACCUUAUAGGCUUCUGUCUUGUCCAUAUUCUCUUUAUAGUGCUGGUCUAUAUCACUUACCACUGGAAUGCUCUGUCCGCAUAACGUCUGCACGUGCAUCCAAACGCUGUGCUCUGUCACCCUCAACCUUUGCAGGGUCCUUCCUCCCUUUGAGCCUUUGCCUUGCAAACUUCCAUCCCUGUCAUGUCUUCAGUAAUCUCUCGAGUUUUGAAGCUGAAUGUUACCAAAUCAGAUUUUCCAGAAGCACAAACUUUGUAGAAUACAGUUUAGUAUAAUUCCUCUCACUUACUGAAAAACGACGAUGACUGCAAAGUGUAUUCACACCGCAUGCUUCCUCAUCUACAUAGUGCCAGCAGCAGUGCCAUGCAGUUCCUCCUCUCCCUCCCGGUGAGCUGCUGCCCUGGGCAGAGGGGAGGAGGAUUCCAGGACAAGAGUGUCGAGGACAGGGAUUUAACAUAUGGAAGUCUUUCCUUUGGGUCAGUAUUGAACUAGAAUUCUGAUUCAGGACUGGGCAAUUGAGCUGUAUAGGGGCCACCUUGCAGGGGGGACAGAAAACUAACAUUUUGGCCCAACUUGAUCUAUACAAAGCUUUAAUAAUACCACUAUUGACCAAGUUGGAAAUACUAUCUGGACGUGUACACGUACACACACUGCCUUGAUGGCCAUUCGAUUGGAUUCCUCCCAAAUUUCCUAAAGAGGGAGCCGCGGAGGGCACUGGGCAGUGUGGCCGCCAGCUUCCACCCUGGCAAGCCCCUCUGUCCUAUGCAGAAGGGCGCUCCAGGGAAGGAAGUGUCAUUGCUGUUAGAGCCUCACGUGGAGGAGUCACCUAAACACCAGUUUUUUACUGGUUAAUUCCUUGUUAGGUCUUCUCUUGAGGCUCUUAGAAAAGCGUUUUCCAGAGAGAUUUCUAUUUUUGAACAAUGGAACGGAUCAUUGCUUUUUUGCCACAUCACAUAGUAACUGCCGGUCCAGAAUGUGACGGAUUCGACUCUAUUCAUUUUCAAAUAAAGCCAUGAGCCAUGGAACAUUCUUGGUCCUGGUGCUUGGGUUAUGAUGGCAGGAGUCAAGAAGAAGAUUACUCUCAUUUUAGAAGAAUGUAGUUUCUCUAAUUAUUUGAAAUGUUCAUUUAGCCUUUGAUUUUCACUGAUAUUAACUAGCAAACUGCUUUAUUUUUAAGUCAGCUCAAAGGAUUAUAUAGUAACUAUAUCUGCAUUUGGAGCAAUGUGAUCAGUUUGCAUUUAAAAGGAAAAAAAAGAAUUUUAUCUUAGCCAGAAUGUCCCUGGAUUCAGGGGUGUCUUUGUAUAAUAUGAGAGGACCUUGUUCCAAGGUCAAGGCAGCCUCCUUAUUUUACAUGCUGUUUGCCAAAUCCUGUUUCUUAGCUUGGGGAGAUGAUGGACUUAGCUUCCUCAAGAUAAAUUUCUAGUUUAUUAAGAUGCAAACAGCUCUCAUAGAUGGCUACUAAGAAGAAAAUCUUAUUUUUCUGAACAUUUUCAUGAAUCCAGGGGACUUGAAAAUAUGGAAGACCCACAUAGUUAGAAGAAUAUAUUUAUAAAGAUUCCUUGCUACUAAGUCAGAUCAGAUUUGCUAACAGGAAGCAUUCUUUACAUGACAGUAUCUUGAGUUAUGUGAGUUUUUUUUCCUCCUGACUUUGUGUUGAUUGGUGAAAUGCAGGGUAUGUGGAAGUUAUCUAAUUAACCUCAGUUGUAUAUGAAUAACACACAGAUGUACUGAAUUACUUUUGGUGCUAUCUUGUACUCUUCAAUCUGUAACACAAUAAAAUCCCUUUGUACAAUGUCUAAUGAGCACCCUGAGCCAUAAAUUGCUUAAUAAACACAUUUUGGGUGGUUAUUCCAAGUUUUUAUCAGCCCAUUGAUACAUGUAUUCAUGAGCUCUCAGCAUUCCCAUCCAGCUCUGCAGUGCAUUGAGGCUUCUCUUUAAUGGUCACCACUGUGGUGGUUUUUCCCUUCUUUCUGGGGAGAAAAUGGGAAAAAAAGAGAAAACUUACUGGGUUGCGACCUUAAAAGAAAAUAAUAUCAAUAAAAACUGAGUAGGACACUCAUGUAAGAGUAGAUUUAAUUUUCAGUGUUGAUAUAGUUCAAUUAAAACAUGUUAAAGACAAAUUAAAAGACGUUUAGAUUUUAAUUCUGGCAUCCAAAGUAUUCUUUGGACGCAUUUUGAUUUUUUGUGUCAUUAAUUUGUCUGUACUCUAAUGCGCUGCACUUCUUGGGAUUUAUUGGAUGAUGUUUUUUCAUUAGUAGUAUGGUAACUAGCAGAACACAAUUAAUUUAGUCCUUUAGGCAAAAAUUUGAAUGAACUGUUCUGUCCAUUGCCAAGCCAUUAAUUUCUAAUCAGAAUAUUAAGCUUCUCUGUGGUUUUUCUCCAAGGUACCCAUGCACCAGCCCUUAUGCUAACUGGAUGCCUGUGGAUGCCUGCCCUUGCCUGCCUUUACAGCUUGACUGGGGAUACCUGGCUGACCUCCUUAGAGUCUGAGAAGUAGGGAUGUCACUGAGUGGUUUAUUGUGCUGACCACAUCUCCUUCUCACAAGAAAGACCGUUUUUUUCAGUACUCCCUUCCAAUGUCAGAUAAAAGGAGCCAAGUAUCUAUUUACAUUUUUUUUUUAAAUAGCCAUUUGUAUUCUCUUUCUCCAGUUUCUCCAACUGGUGGCAACUCUCCACUCAGUGUCAGGAUUUCCAAAAUUUGUGACACCUAAUUUCUAAUCAUCUUUCCUAUUUAUGGAUUUCUGGUUUGUUAUUUGUAGGGAGAGACACUUAUGAAAUGGGGCUGGUGGAAAGGGGCCCCGCAGAACUACAAUGUAUGAUAAUUGAGUAUAAAUUUCAUCAAUGAGAGUAGAUAAAUAAAGGCACUUGAUAUCCUGCUGCUAUUUGUUUGUAAGAAAUUAAAACUAGUGCAUAGUGAGCUGGGUUAUCUCUCAAACUCAUGUAGAUGCCUGAUUGAGUCAUAAGGACAAAGGGUGUUUUGCCUUUGCCUGUGGGGAAAAAGUAGGGAUGAUAUUUUAAAAUUUUAAGAAACUGAAAGUUGUUUUGGAUUAGGUGAAAAAUACUUUAAUAUGAUUUUAUUUCAGGAGACUUGAUUUUUAAAAAUUAGGCUUCAUAUUUCAAAAUUAGUUCUCAAUAAACAAUCAAUUUGGUAUAUAGAAUGUGCCCUUUUUUUCUUCUUUAAGAUGGUCAGAGUCUAGUUUCCUGGCUUUUCACUGCGACUUUGUUCAUCUUUGUGUUCAUUCCUUCAUUCCAUAAAUAUUGAAUGAGCAAUCUCUGCAAGGCCCUGGGGAUAAAAAAAAGUCACUGGGACACAUGGCCUGGUCCUCAAAAAGCUUACAGUCUAUAGCAGGAGUCUGCAAGCUUGUUUCAUAAAGGGCCUAAAGGAAACAUUUUAGGCUUCUCGGGCCAUGCAGAUUCUGUUGGGAUUACCCAGUUCUGCUUGUGUACCAUAAAUGCAGCCAUAGAUGAUACAUCGAACAUAGGUGUGGCCGGGUGCCAAUAAAACUUUAUUUACAAAAACUGGCUGUGGGCUGGAUUAGCCUGCAGGCCAUAGUUUGCCACCCUUGAUCUAGUAGGUCCUUAGACAAGUAAAGAGGAAUUCAAGUGAUAAGGACCUGUGGUGGAACGGGUACAGGAUUCUGGAAAAGAGACCUGACCCUGAUGGGGAAUAGGGGACCGUGAACACACCCUGGGAUGGUGGUGUUUCCACUGAGACUUAGUAAACGUGCAGGAAUAGCCAGGUGGAGUGGGGAGGGGAGAGGGACUAGGGUUGAGGCAUAUGUGUGUGUAGAGAAUGAAGUGUUCUAGGGAGAGGAUGGACUAGAAGGUAGCAUGGUUGCAAAGUAAAUAAUCCAGGGAGGAGCAACAAGAAAUCUCUGUAAGAUGUUGAAUGGUCUCCAUUUCACAUUGAAGAAACUGAUGCAGGAACUUAAAGCUCUUGUACAUUAAAAUAAUGCACAGAUAGUUUUAAAGCUCAAACAAUGUAGUGCCAGGACUUUAUAUAUAAGAAGCAGCCUGAACAAAAUGAAAUAUGCUGGUGGGAUGAUGCCAUUUUAGGCUAGUGGCUGGCUUAGAAGUAAGUGUGGGUCUCUUUGGGAGCAUAAGAAACUGUAGAAGGAGGAGAGUCAGGCAGUGACGGCUCAUCCUGUUCCCAGCAGGUGUUUUCUGCCAGGAUAAGAUGAGCUGAGUGGCAGAGCUAACCCUGACACUGAGUUGAGGGUUCGCUGGUCCCACCUGACAUUGAAAUUGAUGGGACUUGCCAUCAAAAAACUCCAGGGGCCAUGGGACCUCUUCCUAUAUCAUGACCGCAGACCUAACAUAUUUAACCAUUAAGUAAGGGAUUUAUGGGAGGAGGCAUAGUAUUGUGGAAAGAGCCCUGGCUCUAAGACACAUGUGGUUCAAACCCUGGUUCCAGGACUUACCAGCUGUUUAAUGUCACAAAGUUACUUGAACUCUCUUUCUAUCUUAGUUUUCUCAUCUGUGAAAUGGAGAUAUUAAUGUUUGUCUUGCAGGGUUAUCAUAAAGAAAUCACCAAUACAAAGCUGUAGUGUUGGUGCCAGGCAUGUAGGAGGUAGCCCAGAAGUUUUUCAAAGCUAGCAUUUAGUUUCUAUGGCUUGCCGUCUUUUCCAACGUCGUUUGCUGUGGCUCAGAAGGGUGGAUGAGGGGAUAUGGGUGAACCUAAUAGAUUCUACCAUUGGAGAAGUAACUUGAAGCAUGAGUUCUUCAAAGGCAGUCAGAAGCAUUAUUUUUGUGCAGGAGACUACUUCAUGACUCUGCUCAGUACUUUAAAAAGAAACACAACAAAAAAAGCCCAUGGGCAAACUAAGAGUCUACUGUCACGUUCUCAACAAAAAUCUCUGGGAUCCUAUAACAGUGCAACUUAAAUUCAUUUCAAGUCAAUAUAAAGGUACAGCUGUCUCUGCUGUAAGUCUGUUAUGAACAAGGGGCCUGCUGGAAGGGCCACUUACCUGCCUGAUCCUUAGAGGGCCCUUCUCUUCUGAGUCAUUCCUCAUCCAGCUGUAAACCUACCACAAUUCCUUCCUAAGUCCAGCUUCUGUGCACACUUCAAGGAUCCCCCGCUCUGUGGGAGAUGCAGUGUCCUGACUGGUGUGAUGGCAAAUGGCCCUGACCCCUUCUUGAGACGCCUCCUGGUUGGAAGCCUCCCGUUGACCAUCCUUCCAACCAGCACCUCAAGGUGUAAUUCCCACCAGACUCUUCAUUCCAAUCCUGUGACAGAAUAACCAGAAUGGCCAUGCUUGUAUAAGGUUUCUGUUUUCCUGUGCAAGGUUUCUUACAUCCCUCCAACCUCAGCAAAGUAAUCUGAGGGCACCUCUGGGCUUCCUCAGGGGGUCUGAAAAGAGGCAGGAAGAAUUUGAGGGGUACCUUUUUAUGUCUUCUGUUUACUCCUCAUCACUAGCCAUACAAGCAGAAGGGAGGAUCUCAGACUUUGCACCUGGCUUGGAAUGUGGAGACCAGGAAGGCGAGAAAUGCUGCUUGAAAAAACAAGGGCCUGGGAAAGAGGGUGCCCUUCACCUAACUCAGUCUGUGAAGUGUCCAAGUGUCCUGUUGGCGGGAGGCUGAGGCCCUGAUACCUUCCCAUCCCUGUUUCUGUGGAGUCCCCAGCCUUUCCGUCACAUGCCCUUCAGCUUAGAACCCUGCAGGCCACUGGAGCCACUGCCCAUCAGGCACUGGGGUCAGUCCCUCAUUGGAGGACACAUGCCACUCUCCUUUCGGGACACAGGAUAGGACACCUUGCUCCAUAUAAGCUGUGUUGUUCGCAGAGAUUAGGCUAUAUGGAAAUACUCAUGCUAGAAUUCAGGCACAUUCUAGACUACACAUAACUAAAUGCUGAGGUUGAAAAGCAAAAUGUCUUGCUGCAUUGUCUUAGGCAAAUCCCUCAUUCAAAAAUUUCUGUUCACAUUCCUUGCCCAGUGUUCUAUUGAUUUGUUAGUGUUUUUCCUACUGAUUUGUUGAGCUUAUGUGUCAUAUAAAAUGCUUUGUAAUUUUUUUUUUUUUUUGAGAUGGGGUAUGACUCUAUUGCCCAGGCUGGAGUGCAGUGGCACAAUCAUAGCUCACUACAGCCUCAAAUUCUUGGGCUCAAAUGAUCCUCCCACCUCAGCCUGCCAAGUAGCUGGGACGACAGGUGCACACCACUGUCCAGCUAAUUUUCUUUAAUUUUUUUGGAGAAAUGGGGGUCUCACUAUGUUGACCAGGUUAGUCUCGAACUCUUGGCCUCAAGUGAUCUUCCAGCCUCAGCCUCCCAAAGUGCUUGGAUUACAGGCAUGAGCCACCACACACAUUGUUCCUUUUGUAAUUUGAUGCAAAUACUUUUUUUUAAAGUGUUACUUAUCUUCUUAUUAAUCGGGUUUGUUUUUUUAACACAUGGAUACUUUAAAUAUUUAGGUAAUCAUUUGUUUUGCUCUUCUUCUUUGUGACUUUUUCAUAAUGCUUUUUUAGCUUAGAAAAUCCUUUCCCAUCCAUUUAUCAGAAAAAAGUACUAAAUAUUCACCUUUAUGUUAUUGGGAGGGGUGUUGUAGAUUUUUUUUUUAAUGUUCAACUCUUUAUUUCAUUUCAAAUUGAUUUUAACAUAUGGUAUGAAGUAAAGACUUGUUUUCCCCAAGUAAUAUCUGGCACCAGGAGCUUAACUAUACUUAACAGCCAUUUACAAUUUCCUGCAAAGCCAGAUGUCGACUUGGGUGCUGUCAGAGCCAAUAGAAUGAGGAAGACAUCUUUGCCCUUGUGGAACCUGCCUUAACAAUGAAAUGCCAGAUUCAAGUGAUUUCACAAGCCUGUGGCAGAUGGUGCCAGGGGAGGCUGGACACUGUCAUCAGGCCACAGAUAUCCCUCACCAUGCCACAAAAGGAGGCACCGUUGUUAACAGCCUGGCUCACAGCUCACAACUCAGACAGAACUCCCCCAUCCUUUCUCAGGUUGAUACUUGGCUAAUAAAUUGUCAGGCAGCAUGAACUUGCAUGUUCACCUGAUACGCCAUUAACAAGAUAAUCCUAGUUUGAUACACAGCAGUGACAUGAAAUCACGGUUAAAAUUGUUCUUUAAAGAAUCAACUGUCUUCUGUUGACAUGGGGCCAUCUCUUAAGGCCUAGGUUAAAGUCUGAGGUUCUCUGAAUUUGCCACAAGGUAGGGAAGGGUGAGAAGUAGAUACAGUAAGAUGGUGAGAGAGUAAGACCCACUGACAUUUGAGACAGUGGAACAAGUUAUUGGAGAUGUCAUGGCAUGUCCUUUAAAAAUCUUUUAAGCACAGAGCGCCUGUGUCUCUGGAAAUUUUUGGAGAGUUCUGCAUUGAGGCAGCAAGAAGAUCUGGUUCCUCAAGCAAGUGUCACGUGAAAGGAAGCCCUUCCUUGCAGAGCACACCAAUUGGCUUCCUGCUGAACAGCGACUCCAUCACCUAGGGCUGGAUGCAGAUCCCACUUAAACUCUCCUUCAAAACAGCGCUACUCAGCCUUAAAAAGAAGGAAAUCCUGUCAUUUGCAACAACAUGGAUGAACCUAGAGGACAUUAUGCUAAGUAAAAUAAGCCAGGCACUGAAGGACAAAUACUGCAUGACCUCACUAAUACGUGGAAUCUAAAAAAGUUGAAUUCACAAAAGCAGAGAGUAGAAUGGUGGUUACCAGGGGUUGGGUGGGGAGGUGGGGAUAGGAAGAUACUGGUCAAAGGAUACAAAAUGGUGACUAUAGUUCAUCAUAAUGUAUUUUAUACUUGAAAAUUGAUAAAAGACUCUAUUUUAAAUGUUCUUACCAAAAAAUAAGUAUCUGAGAUAAUGGAUAUGAUAAUUAGCUUGACUUAGCCAUUCCACAAUGUAUACUUUUAUCAAAAUAUCAUGUUGGACACCAUAAAUAAAUACAAUUUUUUUUUACCUGUCAAAAGAAAAAGUAAACAUUGGGCUGUGGAAAACACACUGUCAUUAAGUAGAUAAGAGAAUAUUUGCUGUGGUGUCUUUUCCCAGCCAAGGAGACACACCCUGGAAGAAGGUUCCCUUGAAUGAUAUCAGACCAGGGUGAAAUAACAAAGGUGGAAAAUUAUUUCAUUGUGUUAUUCUGUAAACUGGUUUGUGGAGCAUGAAAGGUUCUACACACAAGAAGUGACUCACGCUUAUUGUUUUUCUUAAAUAGUAUGUCCUGGACAUUUCCCAAGAGCAAAAAUGCAACAUGAGAGAGUAGCAGGACAUUUGUGUCUUUGACAGUUUUAUGAAAGAGUCUUGAAAGGGAGGCUGUUGAGGGCUGUAGUUAUAAUUACCAAUUUAUAAAGACUGUUCAUAAACCACGAAGAAAGGCUGCCAGUCCACCCACUUGCCUGCAUUCCAGAGGUCACAGGAAGUAAAAUGAACUAAAUGAAGUUCUAUGGUCAGUAUAACAAUGUGUGGUCGGUACAAAUGAAUAUUUGAGUGCCUUUAAAAUGUGUCGGGGCUAUUUGCAGUUUUGCUUUAUAAGAAUAGAAGCUAUUAUAUUCUUGGUGAGUGCUCUCUGAUUGACUCUGUAGCUCAGUUAUUUAGUGUAAAACUUUCUUAAAUAUUUAGAUCUGCAGACUUCGUGGUGAUUAGGAGCCUUUUUGAAACAAUCUGCAUGUGUGAAAAAUCAUUAUUUUCUCUGCAAACAUAGAAAAGGUCUUUGCAGUAAGUUGAAAGCAAAGGAAGGAGCUUGGUGUAGGUGAUCAAACAGGCAUACUAGAGUGUUCAACCUAACUUUGAUGUCAUCAAUGAUGUAGCAGGAUUUUACAAUGAGAGUACGAUCAUCUAAAAAUUGAUAUUUUAUUCU